AUGAAUAUUUUAAACAAUGUUCUAGUCUAAUAUUAAUAAUAUCAAAGAAUGUAACUAAAGUAAAUGUAAACAUAGAUCAAAAAUCAAGUCCAAACCUAAUUUUAUGUAGAUGAAAAUUAGCAAAAUUUUAUCAAUUUAUUAUAUUCGUUAAGGAUUGUCAAUGAGCAUUUUAAAGGGUAAAAAAAACCCCCUAUGGUUAUAAUAUGUAGGAAUAAGGUUAUCUUGUAGAUCAAUUUGUCAAAUAGCAUUCAUUAUGAUUUAGGCUCAUAAAAGGAUACAGGUGAAAUGUUGGCAAAAGAGAAAAACAAUGCUAUGAAUAUUUUGAAUUAGCUAGAACCUGAUUUGAAUGAGUUUAAAGACUACAUUAAUGGUAUAAAGAAAAUUGCUUGA